GCCCUGGGGAGGCUGGCAUGCAGCAUGGCAGGACAGCCCAGUCACCUGCCCCAAGGAGGGAGCCCCAGCAACCUCUGCCACACACCGGCGCCUGCGCACCCUUCAGACUCACAGAGACACCCCAGCACCCUGGCUUUCCGUUGCUCGCUGGCCGACUUCCAGAUUGAGAAGAAGAUAGGGCGAGGACAGUUCAGCGAGGUGUACAAGGCCACCUGCCUGCUGGACAGGAGGACAGUGGCCCUGAAGAAGGUGCAGAUCUUUGAGAUGAUGGACGCCAAGGCCAGGCAGGACUGCGUCAAGGAGAUCGGCCUCCUCAAGCAACUGAACCACCCGAACAUCAUCAAGUACUUGGACUCGUUUAUCGAGGACGACGAGCUGAACAUUGUUCUGGAGCUGGCCGACGCAGGCGACCUCUCGCAGAUGAUCAAGUACUUUAAGAAGCAGAAGCGGCUCAUCCCGGAGAGGACAGUGUGGAAGUACUUCGUCCAGCUGUGCAGCGCCGUGGAGCACAUGCACUCCCGCCGGGUCAUGCACCGAGACAUCAAGCCUGCCAACGUAUUCAUCACGGCCACGGGCAUCGUGAAGCUCGGAGAUCUCGGUCUGGGCCGCUUCUUCAGCUCGGAGACCACAGCAGCCCACUCGCUAGUUGGGACACCAUACUACAUGUCUCCGGAGAGGAUCCACGAGAAUGGCUACAACUUCAAGUCCGAUAUCUGGUCCCUGGGCUGCCUGCUUUACGAGAUGGCUGCUCUCCAGAGCCCCUUCUAUGGAGACAAAAUGAACCUCUUCUCCCUGUGCCAGAAGAUCGAGCAAUGCGACUACCCGCCCCUCCCAGGCGAGCACUACUCUGAGAAGCUUCGAGAACUGGUCAGUAUGUGUAUCUAUCCUGACCCCAACCAGAGACCGGACAUCAGUUACGUGCACCAGGUUGCCAAACAGAUGCACAUCUGGACAUCCAGUGCCUGAACAUGGCUGCGCCGCGCCUUAUCAAAGCCAACGCCACCUCGCCUUCUCCCCAGAGUGGCGCCUAGGAGCCUGCACAGCCCAGAGCAGCCUUCGGCAGACUCCCGGGCAGCUAAGCUGAAUGCAGAGCAGCAGAGCCCCAGUCGAUCGCAAAGUCUUCCUCUGAACAGUGGAGGAGUCUCUGCUGCGCUGGCAGGGGCGGCGGGCUCGGGGCGCCUUGUGUCUGGACUGUAAUGUGAAUCUUUCGCCGAGACCUGGCCAGGUCCCCACCGGCAGGAGCCAGUGUGACUGGCAUGUGAGCCUUUGAAAAUGGUUAGCUGCAAGCAGAGUGUUAGUUCUUAGUAUCUUUCCAAUCAAGCAAUAUGCUUAAUUUACUCUGUUGUAAAGGGAUAAAGUGGAAAUUAUUUUUUAAGAGAUGAGGGAUUUUGUUCCUAUUUGUCUGCGUUUUAUAACCUGAUGAGCACCAACAAGGAGACUCUAGUCUCUGGUGGAGCUUCAGGAGGGAAAUGGUAGCUGCAAGCCAUGGGCCCUGCUUGCAGCCCACAAGUUUGCCCUGUUCCCCUGAACCCCUGCCUCAUGCCAGGCAGUGUCACCUUCUGGGAGGCUCCGGCUCACUUUGUGAUCAGUGUUAAGCUUAAUUCCUUAUGGGAAGGAAGCAUGGUCUACAAAAAACAAUCUAAUGGCUUCGCCCUCAGGCUGCUCUUUACAGAUUCUGAGUUUGCAUCUUCCUGGCGCGACCUUGGGCAUGUUCCUUAGCCUCUCUGAACUUAGAAAAUGGGACUUGGUAGUUUCUACCUUCAGGGCUGCCCACAGAAUUAGAAAUAAAACAUGGAAGUGAGCUAGCACAUUGCAGGUGAUCCAAACGCGGCAGCCAGCCACCCAUUCAGAAAGCUCGAGUCCACGGACCACGCAAGUCAAGAAUUAAAAGUAACUGUAUCAUGUGCAGGAAAGCCAAAAUAUGUUCAUUUAUUUCCUGCUCCCACAUAGGAGUAACUGUGAAGACUAAUUUAUAAAUGUGAAUUCUGGAGGAA